AUGUUUUCCUCUGCCUUCUCUACUCUGUUGGCAUGCACUCCUGAGCGGCCAAAUCUGGGCGACUUGGUGACGACUGUGAAAGAGGUUUCGUGGGAUGAUUUGAAGCCCAUCUUGCUGAAACUGGACGUCCCGCUAAACAAGAUAGACGACGUGGAAAGGAGGCAUCCAACGAGCGAAAGUGAGAGAAAAACGAGGGCCCUGGAUAUCUGGCUGAAAAUGGACGUCGGUGCUACGUGGGAGAAGUUCAUCAGCUCUGCUCUGGAUGUCGACCCGUUCUGCGGAAAUCACAUCGCUAGUCGGCGCCCGUACCGGCCUAUGCAGCCUGCACAGCAACUCCGUCCCAUUCCAUAUGCAGGAGCGUCUGGAUAUUUUUCUGGCAGUGGGGCCUCGGGUUCAGCAGUAGAUCCUUUCUCUGGUGGCAUGCCCGAGGGUAUGCCUGACUUCGCCGAGGAUGCACAUCGACCUGCAACAAAGCCUAAGCUAAGAGACAAACCAACACUGGCCCAACUGAGGAAACUAACAGUACAUGGAGCCCAGCUCUGCAUAAUUAGAGAGGUUGCGGGAAAAUGGGACGAAAUUGCCAUUUCAAUGGAUUUCGACCCUAAUGGACACACACAGACAGCGAUAAACAAAGACUUUAGCACUGUACAGGAAAAGUGUACAGAGACGUUCAAGAAGUGGCUGCAAGGCAUGGGUAGCAGGCAGCCAGCCACGUGGAAGAAACUGGUAGAAAUACUGAGAGACUGUGAAUUUGCACCAGCUGGCUAG